UCCGUAAAAUGAUGAUCUCUGGAUCUGCUGCCACCUUCUGUCCAUCGCGGACGAUUUAAUGCGUCGAGCUGUUCGCGAGAUGACCAUUUCAUCAGACGAGAACACUUCUAAUACGUCAAAAUAUGAAAAGAAUAAAAACAAAAAAAAAGAAAAGAAAGAAAAUCAAAAUCGAAACGAUCCGUUUUACCAUCAUCGUCAAAUAUCGUUCUCCAAUAUCAGAAACGAGUCCAAGGCGAAAAGAAAAGAAAAGGAAAAAAAAAGAAAAGAAAAAGAGGAAAGAGAAGGGAGGAAAAAGAAGAUAUCCCCGGAAUGAGGAGAAACGCGUUUCUCGUGAAGCGUUUGGAGCUGAAUGAUCAUUGGAGGGAUAAUCGGGCACGGUGGAGGUCCAUCAGCGGAUUCGACGAGUCUGCCGAACGUCCAAUAUCCAGGAGGUCGACCAUAAAAAAGAAGCGCGGAGGCUGGCGCGGGCGUUAAAAAUAUUCAAGAUCGUUUGUCAGGCUGAAUUACAGCCCCGCCACCACCCUCUCCCUCCUCCCCUCCCCCUCCCCGUCAGAAUCUCUCUCGGGCUAACGGGGUAACGGGAUCCUGCGGAACGCGUUGCGCAACGUGGGGGGAAGAGGGAGAGAGAGAGAGGAGGCAGGAGAGAGGAAAGAGUCGACGGACGAGGACGGCCACGACGACGACGACGACGACGAUCCCGGGCACAUGUGUCGAACCUGAAAUAUGUAGGCGUGGUCUGGAUGGGACUAGCAGACGCGUCCCGACGACCGAAUAUGUUCACCCCGUUCGUACGCUCCACCCCCGUCUAACCCUGCGAACGUUGCCAUUGGUCGGUGCCACCCUCGUUGCGCCUCCACCUGCCACGCCGGGCUACCCUCCGCGGGAUUCUAGCCCUAAAUACAGGGGAUGCGCGCCCGCUUCCUUCAUUUUAACGUGGUCCGCCGAUACACGCUGUACCCUCCGUACUCGUUCUCUUCUCUUCUCCGUGCUUCUCGGAUCCCACUCGUGUCUCGCGAGUCUCGAUCCAGUUUUUCGGGUCUGUGCAAGGGUUCUCCGACGGUUCGUCCGGUUCCAAUGGAAGGGGAGAGACGCGCAAGCUGAUGUCUUAGAUCGAGAAGAAUCGACACCCCCCGACACCAGCGGGGUGAAAAGCGUGGCUGUCUUCGCGCGCGCACGGUCGCAUCACGGGUGGAGGGAGGACUCUCUCCGUUGGACGCAUGGUCCGGUCGAUCAUCCGGAACGAGCAGGAUGACAAUGGAAGAUCGCACCGGUGGCAUCGAUCGUGCCGCCCCCGCGACGUCCACGACGGCCACGACGGCGUCCAGCCCCUCGUCCAUCACCGAUGCCACCUCCGACGCAUCGUACCCUCUUCAGCGCGCCAACAAGCGUUCCUUCGACGUGGCGUUCCUCGUCGCGCCCGACGAGAACCUGGCCCGCCGUCAAAGCGAGAAGAUGAGGAUGGCGUCGGCCAGAAAGGAUCGUCCCCGCGAUGAAAUCUCGUUGGAGACGAUCGUAGACACGGACAGAUUGCCCCAGAAUUUGACCGUCAAGAAUUACAACGACAAUGACGCUUCCGACAGAAGAAGGAUGAUCCACUGCACCGAGAAUUCUCUCAGUCCACCGUAUAUAUCACCGAGAACCUUGACCCCAACGUUGCCAACACCUUUGUCGCCCGAUACCGACGUUCGAAGGUACGUUUCAGGCUCGCGUCUCCAAAAAUCACCCAGCCCACCCGCCUUCCCUACCCAUCAAUCGAUGUUAACCACUUGCCCCGAGGUGGUGGAAUCGAAUCUCACUUGCAACAAGGUGUACGACACCGUUCUACCCUGCCCGGCGGACAGACACGGGGAAUCUCGCAGCGCGUUCACCAAGGUGAACCUGACGAUCCAGAGGAACGGGUUCGCCGACGAUGGCCAGACUUCGCCACGAUCCUCCAUAUCGCCGGACGAUCGUACCGGUUAUCAAAGCAGCGUCAGCCCCCCGGUUGUACCAUUGACCUCGACCACCGGUUACAAGUACGCGCCAUUCCCUACGGCUAAAAUGCCGUAUCCUUUCCUGGUCGGUCCCGAGAACGGUCAACCGGGUCUAUUGGAGAACCUCAAGAUACCGCAGAUCGCGCAACCGCCCAAAGUACCGAGUCCAAAGAUACCGAGCUUCCGCCCCGAUCUGCCACCGGUUUAUCCGAACCUCCCCUACAAUCCGAUCUCCGUCUUCCCACCGAUGGCCGACGCGCUCGCCAGGCCGAGAUUUCUGGCGACGGCCGCGGGGGUGGCCGGCCUUCUACCCCCUUCGUUCGCCGCGUUAACCCUGCCCGCGCAAAAUGUAUGCGCCAAGUGCAAUCUUUCGUUCCGGAUGACGUCCGACCUCGUGUACCACAUGAGGUCCCACCACAAGAAUGAGAACACCGGCGAAGCGGCAAGAAGGAGGAGGGAGGAGAAGCUGAGGUGUCCCGUGUGCGACGAGAGCUUCAGGGAAAGGCAUCACCUGACCAGGCACAUGACCGCCCACCAGGAUAAAGAGAGCGACGCGAUCGUUGACCAGGUCGAGGUAAAGAGGCGUGCCACCACCGUUCACACCAAGUGACGACGGAAAUCGUCGUCGAGCGAGGACGCGAUACUGGCCAGUGGUUAUUCGUUCGAGAAUUAGAUGAGAUUAGAUUCCCUAUUUCCAGAAAAUGGGAGAAAAAUUAGGAGCAGAGGAGUUUGAGGAAGGAUAUAUUAUAAGUAAGAUUUGAUCGAUCUGUUUCCGAUUUUAAUCUUGUCGUUGGUCUAUCAUCGGGACGGUCGCAGAUCGAAUGCUCUUCCAAUUUUUUAUCAUAACGUCUCUUGUCAUAUGUAGCUCGAUAAAGCAGGAUAACGAUAACCUAUUCUACCGUUUAUAGCUCGUUAACCACGAAUAUUCACCAGUAUUUUGCACUUGCCCCCCUUUUAACUACUUAACGGGAUUAAUCGAUUAUACGCAUUUUACAUACGGUAUACGUGUACGAUAACGAAAAAGAAAAAAAAAAGAAUAAUCGCUAGAAGCUUUAACGAUUAACCCAAGAGAUCAUUCUCUUGAGCGAAGUGUUAAGGUGAUAUUCCCUCUCUAGUCAAUAUUAGGUAGGAGAAAUUUGUAAAUAUAACUCGAUCGAUCGUCGAUUCGAUCCAAUCUUUAAUCCUUUAGCUUUAAGCCCCGUAUAUCGUAACUCGCUCGAACGAAUUCCCUUGAAUCCCCCGAUUAUCUUCUUCUUCCUCUUCUUUUAUUCAAAAGGACAAGUUACGCGAUAUUAUUUUUUUGCAGAAUCCAAGAACAAAAUACUUGGAUUCGCGCGUAUCGGGAGGGCAGGUGAGUCGAGAGGAUUAGAACGCAGGUGGAGCGGAGAGCGUGGCGUGGGGGGGCAGAACGCGACGUAAGCUGCGUUCAUUUGUGUGUUGGGGGUGGCGCGGCAAUAAAUAGAUCGUAAACCGUAUCCCGGCUAACACACAAACCGGCGGAGCGCGCAUAAUGGUAGGAAACAAUGAAUGCCGUAAUCGGAAACAGUGCCGGUUUGUUAUCUGCCAUUUACACUCCAUUUAACUUCAAACAGUGAAUCGCUGGUGGCGCGCAUUCGCGUUUUAAAUACACGCGACCUCCGCACCCCGCUCCACCCCCUCCGCGCCCCAGCUCUGCACCCCCCUCCUGGCCGACGUACGGCUCAGCAUAGGGUUAAACCUGCCGCCACGGAGUGGCUUAAUAUUGCCCGCAAUUGCUUGACUUAUCGCCACCUCCAUCCUCGGCUUAAUGCUCGCUUAAUUUCCGCUGAAUCGGAACACCCCGGCUCACCUGUGUCGCACGUUGUUUUUCCCUUUCGUCGCGAUUCACGGGGAUGAUUAAGAGUUUAUUGGAUCGCCGUUGCAACAACAAGGGGCGAAAUAAAGGAGAGAAGCAGAUGGGAUUCGAAGAGGGAUACGAAUAACAAGCGAGUCGAAUAAAUCUUUUUUAAGGAUAAGAAUGAUACGAACUACGGUACUACAGUAUUCUGUACAGCAAUAAUUACAGUAGCGUGUAUAUAUAUUAUAUAUAUAUAUAUUCCUUUCGAACGUUUUUUUUUCUUCUCGAUUUUCGAAAAGACAAGGAAACCAUCCUUGCUUUUUCCUUGAUCGCUAAAGGAGACCUUAAUAUCGCAAAAAAAAAACGAAUCGCGAGAUGUUAUGUGUGGAAGUUAAUGGAGAUAAUACAGUUCGAUCCACGGAUUUAUAUAUUAGAAUUUUGCGAUCCAUACGACGUUGUUCUAGCUGUAUGUGUAAGACGUAAGUCCGAUGUAUAAAUGAUUCGUCAUCUAGGUGAUAAGAUUAUCGUUCACGUUUUGUUUUGUUUUGUAAUAAUUAUUUAUUACGACGUGUGUCACGUUGUUUCGGUUCGAUGUAAAUAUCACUUUGUACAUACAAGCACUGUAAUGUAUUCAAAAUCGUUGUUAAUGAAUAAAAAGGAUAUCCAUCAU